CCUCCCGCAGGGCCUCCACCCCCCAGCCCGGACCGGCCUCACUCCGCGCUGCGCCCGCUCCCCAAAUACAUGUUGGCGGCGCCGGGGAGCGCAGCGGAGCCGUGCCCAGAGACCUCCGCGGGGCCGCGCGUCCGUAAGCAGCCCGAGCGCCAUGGGGCACAUAUCUGUUCCUGAGAUGAUUUCUAGCUACCAAUAAUCUUCCACAGAGGUUGCUUCAUCAAAUAGUCUUGCAUCUUCUUCUCCUGUUAGUAAACAUAAGAAUACUAUUAAAUACCAAGCCAAGUACUCUUACCCUCAAUAGAGAGACUGUACAGCAUGUUCUGUACAAAACUGAAAGACUUGAAGAUCACAGGGGAAUGUCCUUUCUCCUUACUGACUCCAAGUCAUAUUGCUGAUGAACAUGAGAAGGACUGCACAGAAAACAGCUCGAGAGCUGCUUUGCCCGUCUGCAAAGAAGUCCAUGAAAAAGACAUUCAAGGAAACCUUCCACAAAGGAAAACAAGCAGAAGUAGAGUGUACCUGCACACAUUAACUGAAAGCAUCUGCAAACUAAUAUUUCCUGAGUUUGAAAGACUGUAUCUUGCACUUCAGAGAACGUUAGCAAAGCACAGGAUAAAAGAAACCAGAAAAAUUGGUGAAAGAGAAGAUUUUGAAAAAAUAAUCAGUGAUCACGCUAUUGCAGCAGGUGUUCCUGUGGAGUCUCUAAGAGAAUCUCUUGGUGAAGAGCUAUUCAAAAUAUGCUAUGAAGAGGAUGAACACAUACUGGGGGUUAUUGGAGGAACCCUUAAGGACUUCUUGAACAGUUUCACUACUCUGCUGAAGCAAAGUAGCCACAGUCAGGAAGCAGGAAAAAAGGACAGACUUGAAGAAGUGUCCAUAUUAUGCCUGGAGAAAGAUCAGGACUUCUUAAAUGUGUAUUAUUUCUUUCCCAAGAAAAUCACAAGUCUUAUUCUAUCUGGCAUUAUUAAAGCAGCAGCUCACAUUUUGUAUGAAACUGAGGUGGAAGUCAUGCUCAUGCCUUCUUGUUUCCACAAUGACUGCGCUGAGUUUGUUAAUCAGCCCUAUUUGCUGUACUCUAUACAAGUUAAGAGUGCAAAACCAUCUUUAUCUCCAUGUAAACCUCAGUCUUCACUUGUGAUACCUGCCUCUGUGUUCUGUAAGAUUUUCCCAUUUCAUUUUAUGUUUGACAAGGAUAUGUCCGUUCUACAAGUUGGAAAUGGGAUAAGAAGACUUUUGACCAGAAGAGAAUUUCAAGCUAAGCCUAAUUUUGAAGAAUAUUUUGAAAUUCUUACCCCUAAAAUAAGCUGCACAUUUAGUGGAAUAAUGACAAUGUUAAAUAUGCAGUUUACAGUACGAGUGAGAAGAUGGGAUAAUACUGAACUGAAAUCAUCUAUGGUAAUGGAUCUUAAAGGCCAAAUGAUCUAUAUUCUUGAAUCCAGUGCAAUCCUGUUCUUGGGAUCUCCAUGUGUGGAUAGGCUAGAAGAUUUUACAGGACGUGGAUUAUACCUUUCAGAUAUUCCUAUUCACAAUGCACUGAGAGAUGUUGUUCUGAUUGGAGAGCAAGCCAGAGCUCAGGAUGGACUGAAGAAGAGGUUAGGAAAGCUGAAAGCGACCCUUGAACAGGCCCAUCAAGCACUUGAAGAGGAAAAGAAGAAGACAGUAGAUCUUCUGUUUUCUAUUUUUCCUGGAGAAGUUGCUCAGCAGCUGUGGCAGGGACAAGUGGUGCAAGCCAAGAAGUUUAAUAAUGUCACAAUGCUUUUCUCUGACAUUGUUGGAUUCACUGCCAUCUGUUCCCAGUGCUCCCCUAUGCAGGUUAUAACCAUGCUUAAUGAGCUUUAUACUCGCUUUGAUUACCAAUGUGGAGAGUUAGAUGUCUACAAGGUUGAGACUAUUGGAGAUGCCUACUGUGUCGCUGGAGGUCUACACAAAGAAAGUGAAACUCAUGCUGUCCAAAUAGCAUUGAUGGCCCUAAAGAUGAUGGAGCUGUCAGACGAGGUGGUGUCUCCCCAUGGGGAGCCUAUCAAGAUGCGUAUUGGCCUUCAUUCUGGAUCUGUCUUUGCUGGAGUUGUUGGAGUUAAAAUGCCUCGUUAUUGUCUCUUUGGAAACAAUGUAACCCUUGCCAACAAGUUUGAAUCUUGCAGUGUACCUCGAAGAAUAAAUGUCAGCCCAACGACUUACAGAUUGUUAAAGGAGUAUCCAGGUUUUGUGUUUACGUCGCGCUCAAGAGAAGAACUUCCUCCAAAUUUUCCCAGUGAUAUCCCUGGAAUUUGCUAUUUUCUGGAUGCUUACAUUCAAGGAACAAACUCACAGACUUGGUUUCAAAAGAAAGAUCUGGGAGAUGGCAAUGCCAAUUUUUUGGGUGAGGAAACAAGAAUAGACUAAAUCAUCUACUGCAUUCACAAGCAUAUAGAAUAAAUGUAUACAUAUUCUGGAUUUUUUUUUUUUUGUAGAAAUUGAAAAAUGUUAAAAAUAUAUGAAACAUGAAAGCACUUUAGUUUGAGAACACCUGAAAGCCAGUAUUAAAAUGCCAGGAAGUAUGUAACUGACUCCUUUAUGUUUUUCCUUUACGUAAGGAUACAUGAUUUAGCGGAGGGUUGUUAGUUAGGGUAGUGUGGUUAUGUUGUGGUUGGACUUGAUGAUCUUUAAGGUCUUUUCCAGCCUGAGUGAUUCUAUGUUUCUAUGAUUCUAAGGAAUGUAGUCACUAAAAUAAUAUUGCAACUUCACUGUUUCAAAUGCCACUGAAAAGUACAUGUUCCCUGUGGUAAUUUGUGAGUGCUACAUAACAACCCUCUCAGUUCUCUCUGCACUGAGAGUUCUAGGUGUAUUGUAUAUGCAGCGUGUCAGGAAAUGUAAUGUGCAAGUGAUGCAGCCACAUGCAGUGUUGUGAGCUGGUGCUUAUCAGUGACCAUUAAAAAUUUAUUUUAUUAGUGAUUCCAUAAGAAAAAUUGUCUUAAAAAUAUCAUCCCUGCUACCACAUACUCAUUCAAGAACAUCUUUUGGGCUCCAUCCUUACAGUUGCUGACCAUCUUCUAACACUUGCUGAAGUCAACUUGUUGAGUGUGCUCAGCAUCUUCUGGAUAGGGCUGUUAAUUGUAGCUAAUACACAUAUACAUAGCAGAGUUUCCUGCUUACUGUUUCCUGAACUUUCUUCUGUGUAUAAAAUGAAUAUAGAUUCUGUAUAAUCACUGUAUAAUCACGUACUAAAGUUUCUGUAAUCAUCAAACAGUAUUUUAGUUCAUGGGGUUUUUAAAAUACUUUAUAAAAAUAAUAUCAACUUGCUAUUAUGUAUUAGAGCAAUAAAUGUUUUUCUUUGUUGUUGUUGUCAUUUAAAUUUGAAAUAUUUUAAAAAGAGUGCAAUAAAAUGUGCUUUGGAGUGUUAA